GGGAGAUCGUGUUUAUAUAGGUGGUUGCCCCGUCCAAUGGUGUCUUAUUCCCCAUUGAUUCUUUCACUUUCUGACGAGUAUUUUUAUCCGAUUUUUUAUUCCCUAUUUUUUAUACUGGCUAGUAUCACAAAUCAAACUACUACUGCAUCAUUGUUUUGCCCCAGUCCCCUCUCCUCCACUAUCACCCUAUGACGGACUAGUCUCCCCACUACCUGCAAUUUCAUUGAUUUUGACAUAUCCUAGCCAGAGAUCCUCCCCUCACCUUUUUUCCUUCCCCCCACCUGGUCUGUCUUG